CUGGGGUUGGCUCUCUCUGCAGGGCUGCUGCUUGGCGACAUGCCGUAAAAUGUGAGCGGUCGCUGAGGAGACGGGAAGAAGCCUCUUCGUCAGCGGCGCGGAUGUUGCCAGUUACUGAGCGCAACAUACCUUUGAACAAGAAACAGUGGGGAGCUGUUGACCAUUAACAGACGAUGAUUUGUUUGCUGUUUGCAAAGCCACUUUUUCUGGGACUCCUGUCACUGAGAGAACAUUGCAGCAACCUGCCUUGAUGCCUAUAUUCCCAAUCCCCCGCCGGGUGCGUUCCUUCCACGGCCCCCAUUCUACAUGUCUACACUCGGCAUGUGGCCCAGUUCGGACAACACACCUCGUCCGGACCAAAUACAGCAGCUUCGACCUUUACUUGAAAUCACGGUGGCUGUUUUGCUUCAUCCGCUUCCUGCUGUACUUCAGCUGCAGUCUCUUUACAUCCAUACUCUGGGUGGCGCUGUCCAUCCUCUUCUGUAUCCAGUACUUCUUCAUACGUGUGUCCCUGCGCUUUCAAUACAAGCUGUCCAUAGUGCUUCUGUUGCUGGGGCGUAGGCGUGUUGACUUUAACACAAUGAAUGAACUCUUUAUCUAUGGGAUCCAUGUGACAAUGCUGCUAGUUGGAGGACUGGGCUGGUGUUUUAUGGUGUUUGUUGAUAUGUAAAUAAGAGUGCAUGUGAAAAAUGGUUUUGUGCAUUAUAAUGUAAAAUAUAUUGUUUACAAUCAUGCAAAAAAAAUUAUUUGAUUUUUAUUUAAAAACAAAAUCUUGCUAAGUUAAAAUAUAUAAACCAUCAAUCAUUGCUUUGUUUCUUUUCCCUCCUCUCACCCCUCUCUCCUCCCCGUCUAUUGGUAUCGUGGCCCCAUUUUGAUGUAGCAUUACACAAGCCAACAGUAAAAGUAUAGGAGGAAGGAAGCCAGUUGUACACAUCCAACGUAUUGUGGACUAUUUUAGUUUCUGUAUAUAAGGAAGGAUAUACUUGUUUUAGAGAUGGUGGAACAGAAGUUCAUUAAUUCAUGUCUGAGGGAGUUAUCCAGUGAACAAAGAUAGAGUAAAAGCCUAUGUUGUCUGGAGUUUUGAAGAACGAGGCGUAAUUGUAUUGUAACCCACAAGAUUCUGAGGGGGCAUGAUGAGGUGGAUGCUGAGAGCCAGUUCCUCUGGCUGAAGAGUUAGAACUGGGGAAUUUAGUCUGUCAACGGGGUUGAGUGUUUAGGAUAUUUUGUUUCACCCAGAGUUGUGAAUAUUGAAUUUUGUUUGUUGGGGGUCUAUAAAUGCUAUGUCAUUUUAGCUUGAGGGUGACAGAAUUUUGGAUACUUAAGGGAAAUGAGGUUUGGGCAGGAAAAUGGAGCUGAAGUCAUGGAUCAACUGUGACUUUAUUGAAUAUUGGGGCAACUUUGAGGAAGCUUUAUGGUUCACUCCUAUUUCUGUUUCUUAUGUUCAGGUAGCAAACCCAUCACCCUGUCUGGAGUUAAGCUCCGGUGACUUAAAUGGCGCUCAAUAUCCUUGGUUCAGCCUAAGUUAUCUGAGCUCAAAGCCUGGGAGGCAAGGCAGCUGUAUUUGCCCUUGAUAAUCUGUGACUGGAGAAGGGGAAGAAAUAAUCAGAGCCCCCCUACCUAAUUGCAUUUCAGUGAGUGACUACACGUUGAGUAAAAAAAAAGUGGGAUGCUCUUCUAAUUCAAAUAGUCUUUUUAACAGCUAUGGGCCAGGCCUGGUAAGAAGAGAAAGGUUAUUCAGCAAGGAGUUGUUAUGAACAGGGGAAGAAAAAUAUUUCCUUAAAAGAAAGUGGUAUAAGUGCUAUUAAGAUUAUAAGAGUUGAGCUGUUAAAGAGUUAGUGAAAGUGGAGUAAACCAGCUCCAAGACAGAAGGAUUCAAAAUAAUAUGUGAAUAAGAGAAAGGAGGAAAAAUUGAGGAUUCAGACAUAAGAUUAAGUACUGUUCCCAGAGUUUGCAAUGGGUAUGUUUUUAAGAAGUGUUAGAGAUGAAAGACGGCAAAGUCAGAAAUAUUCUGAAAUGGCAAUAGAGAAGUGAGACACAUGUGAAUACAAUUGUAUUAUGACUAUGUUAUGACACUGGCAACAAUGACGGCCUAAAGGUCACAAAAAAAGUUCAGUAAAUUGCCUGAUGGAUUGCUUAACUGAUUAUUGAUGUCUUAGAGGAAUCCACUGACUUUGGGAAUUUUGGUUUUUUUGGCAUAUUUAUCUUCCGGAAUCACAGAUUCAAAUGGAAAUUAAAUACUUGAGAAGAUAAAAUUUGGAGGAAUGUGGUGAAAGUGCAUGACAGUAAAACUCAUGGAAAAUGCUUUUCAAGAGCUGGCAAACGCACGUGGCUUCCUUAUGUUGUAUGAUUAUAUUUUACUAGUCCAUUCAUCUGUUAAUUCUAGGCCACUCUCCUUGGUUAUACAAAGCAAGACAUUUUUACACAAACACUAGAAAAACCUCCAGCACCACAUUCUCUUGGAAUGAAAACAAAUGUGAUCUGCCAGAUUGAUCUAUUUGCUGGUAUUGUCUGUCCUGACCAUCUUCAACAAACUGCUGAAUGCAUAAUUGAGAUGGUCAUUAACUAAAGUCUUUCUUUUGAUUUCA